GUAAAUACGUAUCGGAAGAAAGUUGGUUUUCCUGCUUUUCUCAUUUUCAAGGUGUUUUCCUGGCCUGCGGAAUGCGGGACGCUCUGAAGCAGAAUGCCACCGAAAAACCAAAUCCCAUCCGGAUGGGUAGUAUUGACGACAUCAAUCUGGAUCAGUUCCUGAAAAUCACCAAUUAUGAGGACACCGUGAAGCAGCUGGACAUAUACUAUGGCAUUGUCAAAAGACAACUGUUGCAGUUCCAGAGCCCAAUUACUGGCCUCUUUCCGGUCCUUUCGACUGACACGGAAGUGGGCAGUAUCAGGGACAGUGUGUACUGUGCAGCUGCCAUUUGGAGUCUCUAUCAGGCCUACAAGAGGAUCGAUGACGAUCGAGGAAAGUCCUAUGAACUCGGCCAGUCCACAGUGAAGUGCAUGCGAGGGAUUCUGGAGUGCUGGAUCAAGCAAUCGCGUCGAGUGGAGUUUUUCAAGUCUCGCCAGUGCAGUCUGCAUGCACUGCACUGCAAGUUCCACCUGUACACAGGAGAGCAAGUGCUUCCGGAUGACAACUACAACCACCUGCAAAUCGAUGUGGUGUCAGUCUAUCUGAUAUUCCUCGUGCAGAUGAUCACGUCUGGCCUGCAGAUUGUUUACACGCAGGACGAAGUGGCGUUUGUGCAGAACCUGGUGUACUACGUGGAGCGCGCCUAUCGAACGCCAGACUUUGGAAUCUGGGAACGUGGCUCGAAGUACAACGAUGGAACUCCUGAGAUUCACGCCUCGUCGAUUGGAUUCGCCAAGUCAGCUCUUGAGGCCAUCAAUGGGUGUAAUUUGUUCGGUGAGAAGGGCGCUUCGUGGAGCGUCGUGUACGUAGACAUCGAUGCACACAAUAGGAAUCGCAGCAUCUUCGAGACGAUGCUGCCAAGAGAGUCCAGCUCCAAAGGUGUGGACGCCUCACUUAUUCCUACGCUCUCUUUCCCGGCGUUUGCAUCCCACGAGGAGCGCCUUGUGGACAUGACGAAGAAGAACGUGGUGUCACGCCUGAGAGGCAUGAGAGGCUUCAAGAGGUUCAGCCGCGAUGGGUACUUGAGCAAGAUCGAGGACAAAUCCAGGAGAUUCUACAAUCGGGGCGAAAUAAAGGACUUCGAGGGAUACGAAUGCGAGUGGCCGAUCUUCCACAUUUACAUGAUCAUUGAUGGCGUGUUCAAGAACAAUGCCGCUCAGAUAGAGGAGUUCCAGAACGAGCUGAGGAGUUGUCUCUACAAGGACUUGAACGGAGAUCCCGUGGUCUCAAUGUACUUCCAACCUGAUGGCGAGGGAGGCUACACGCGCGCCAAUCCCAACUCCCUUUUCCUCUGGGGCCAAUCUAUGUUUAUCAUAUCGCAACUCCUGACUGCUGGGCUUUUGCACAUCAACGAACUCGAUCCGAUCCGACGAUACCUCCCCAGCUACAACAGACCACGCAAAGGCGGCAGGUAUUCGGCUUUCCAGGCAAAGCCGGGAAUAGGCACUGCAACGGAUCUCGUGGUGCAAAUUGUACUUAUUGCCGAAUCUAUGAGACUGCAGGCAAUGAUGGCCACUUAUGGGAUUCAGACGCAGACGCCGCAUGAGGUGGAGCCCGUGCAGAUAUGGUCAUCGACUAAGUUAAUUCAGGUGUACCAACAGCUGGGGGUGAACGAGAAAAUAGGACUCACUGGGCGGCCGCCGAGACCCAUAGGAUCUCUAGGAACUUCCAAAGUGUACAGAAUUUGCGGAAUGACGGUUCUCUGCUAUCCACUAAUCUUUGAAGUGUCGGACUUUUAUCUGUAUCGCGACAUGGCUCUCCUUAUCGAUGACAUCAAGACGGAGUUGCAAUUUGUGGGGAAGUACUGGAGGCUUUCGGGGAGACCAACGGUGUGCCUGCUAAUUCGCGAGGAACACAUGCGAGAUCCGCAAUUCAAAGAGAUGCUGGACUUGCUGGCAAUGCUGAAGAAGGGCUACUGCGAUGGGAUGAAAGUGCGAAUUGGACGCUUGCAGAAUCUGAUUUCGAGUUCCUGCAUUGAGCACCUGGACUUUAUGUCACAAUCCGAAUUGCCAGAGAGUUGCGAGGCCUUCAGUCAAGUGACCCACGAGUACAUUGGCUACCAGAGUCUCACGGACAUCCCGAAAGCGCUCACGUACGUGGACGAGAAGAUGUCCAUGAAGGAGUACAAUCAUCGGCCGAACGAGGAUGUCAUUGAGGCUAUUAGGAGAACAUCAUCACUCUUCGGCCUGGUGCAGCUGCUGGAGAUCCUGAUGAAGCGCCAGGGCAUGGAUUACGAGAUUGGCGACAAGACUCUGUAUCAGUGCAUUACAGACCUGUACUAUCGCGCCGGAUCCUUGAGAUAUUGGCGCGUGGUGAGGUACUGUAGUUCUCUGUUGCAUCACAUCGUGGACUCCAUCUCGCCCUUCAUCACCACAGUGCUGGUGAACGGGAAGCAACUCACAGUGGGCAUCAUUGGGCAGAAGGAGACGGUGUUCGAUAAGCCAAUGACUCCGGCUGAGAUACAGAAUGUCAUGUAUUCCUCUGUCCAGCCACUGAACGUCAUCCAUGCGGUGCUUCAGCAGGAAGUUGUGCUCUACUGCGGUCGUCUGAUUGCCACAACGCCUGAGAUGUUCCGUGGAAUCCUCAAGAUUCGCGUCGGUUGGGUGCUCGAGGCGAUGAGGCUGUACUUGCACAUUUCCAAUUCAGCCCAGGGAACUGAUCUGGAGAAUCUGUCUCCCUACGAAGUGCGCCAAUUGCUCCAUCACGUUCUCACCGUGAGACAGUGGGCACUGGAUGAGAAUUUAUCCACUCUGCAGCGGCGCCAGCUCGAGGGGUGUCUCUGUCGGGUGCCAGAUCAAUUCUACAACUGGGUCUGGGAUGUGCUGCAGCGAACUCCUGAAGGUCUUCACGUGCAGGGACAUCACUUGCCCGCCAGUCCCACACUCACGAGCAUGAGUCGUAGCGAGUUGUCCUUCUCGCUGCUCGUGGAAGAGACUCUGAUUCACAUUGAGCUGCCCGAGAGGCGGCAAUUGACUGUGGAAUUGCUGGGCAUUGUGGCGAAGAUCCUCAGUCGGAAUCCUGAGUUGCAGUUUCAGCAGGUUUUGGAUCUGGAUCAAUUGCUGGAGGGCGCCUUCAUCAUGUACUGCAAGGACAACAAGAAGGAGAUCUCCAAAGACAUCUCUCCGCUGUACUCCCUGAGCUACUCAGAGACCACAGGCUAUCUGGCGAGAGCUGCGGUGAACACGGUGCUGCAGGGUGGCGCCCUGACCCCAUCCAUGAGUGAUGAAAUGUGCAAAGUAUCCUAAUGUCUCGGUUGAGCAUUAUCUGUUAGCGUUUUACUAUGUUGUCUGUUCUCGAAAGUUUUAUCAAAUUUAGAAAGUGAAGAAAGGCAAAAAUCUGCAAAAAUCA